AUGGCGAAACGACGCUCGAUAAUCGAAUUACAGUCAAUCAAAUAUAGGUAUCAGGGCCGGUCACCGCAAAAUGCCGUUAAAAAACAGAGGAAGUUGAACGAGUUUGAUAUUCCUAGUGCGCGAACUUUGCCAGUGAAGAGACCCUGCCCUAUCAUCAAUGACGCUGAUAACCCGAUAUUGCUAGAUGACGUUGGAGGUCCUGAAGAAGUAGAGUCCUCAGAUGAAGUAGAGGAAAUGGCUUGUAGGGAGACGGUCGAACGAAAGGAUGUUGGACCACGCGGCCUAUUCGAAGCACGGGCUGAAAUUGCCUGCCCCAUCUGCGGAGUGGAUCUUUCUCUGUUGGAACUUUACGCUAGGGAAGCACAUUGUGAUCUGUGCCUUGGUGCACCACCCGCACGUCCUCAGGGAGGUUCCAAAGUGAACAGCCCAAAGAAACAAACUGGGGAUCACACCACCACACCUCGCCCGCGGAGACGUUUACCAGCUUACAAGAUAUUGGAAUUUACAAACGGCCACAAGCUUGUAGUAGAUGGAUUUAACUACGAGAAGGAUGACUGCAUUAAGGAGUACUUUCUUUCGCACUUCCACUCUGAUCAUUAUCAGGGACUCAAGAAGUCUUGGGGAAAUGGUGAAGUUUACUGUUCGUACAUCACUGCACAGCUGCUGUGUCAAAAAUUUAACUUCCCAAGGGAGCUGGUCCACAUCCUGAACAACGGGGAGAGAACGAUGGUACACGACCGUAUAUCAGUGGUACCUUUAGAUGCGAACCAUUGUCCCGGCGCGCAAAUAUUCUUGUUUCAAGAGCAUGACGGCGCGGGGAGAAUCGUCAAGCAGAUUAUCCACACGGGCGAUUUCAGGGCCACAGAUGCGAUGGUCGUCGAACUCGAAAAGUUCCUCCCCUCCUCUAACUCCGUGAUUGAUGAGAUAUACCUAGAUACAACGUACAUGAAACCGAACCACACACACCCAACGCAACAGACCGUGGUGGAUGUGACAAGUUCGUUUGUCACGGAGGACUGGUACAGCAAGAAGCGUCCCCGGACUGUUAUGGAUUUUGCUAGGGCCACGCCGGCUGCCCCAGAAAGGAGGAAAAUGGUACUUGUUGGGUCGUACGUCAUCGGGAAGGAGAAAUUGGCGCUUGAGAUUGCACGGAGACUUGACACGAGUGUGCAUGUGCAGAAUAAAAACAAACUACGCCAAAUAGUCUUGGAUGGACAAAUGGGGGACGCGGAACACUCACAAGUGCACAUGGUCCCACUUGGAAUUUUACGUGACGAUGCGGCGAUAUCUACGUACUUGAGGGAGGAAUGUCGGGUGAACUGGUUGAAUGUGGACGUUAUUGGUGUUGUUCCUACAGGAUGGACGUUCGGCAACAGGUAUUCGACCAGUGUCGAGAUUGGCAAUAAGUGCGAAUACGUGAAGGGGGCUGUAACCUUUGAAAGCACGUUUGAUAAGAGUUGGUUUUCUGGACAGGAGACUCCGUACCGUAAGUUUCAAAUCUACAAAGUGCCAUACAGUGAACACAGUAAUUUUGUUGAGUUGUUACGGUUUCUUUGUGCGUUGCAGUGGGAGAGGGUAAUCCCUACUGUCAAUGUGAACCGGUAUGAUGAAAUGAAUGAGUGGUUCCAGGCUUGCAAAAAGAGUAAUGCGCUGUCCGUUCGUGGUUUCAUGUAA